AUAGCCCCGCGCAACCCCACUAACCAUCAUCAUUUCCAGGGAUAUUGAAUACUACGCGUCUAAAUUUGACAGGCUCAUAGGCUUUGAAGCUCAAUACAAGGCUGCUGUCAGUGGGCUUUUCCACGGAUACUCUGUAUAUCACACUUGUGUUAUGCCUGCCAGAUGGAUACUAGCUGACCAGCCAUCUGCAAUAUACUUCGUAGAUGGAUCAUCAUACAAACCAACAAAAACCACAAUCGAGUAAUUCAUCCAAAGUAUAUUAAUCCUCAAGAUCGAGAUCAAGUUGAAAGAAGGCCUUUCCUCUCGUCGUCACUUUCUGAAUCAAGAUCAACGAAUAUCAUACCUCUUCAAUUAACCCUUGUACUCGAGGUCUACCUAGGUACCCCAGAAUCACACGCAUCCCACCGCUUGUCUCAUCCACACUCGUCCCAUAUCACGGCAAAAUCAGCCUACGAGACUGAUACCUGAUGAUUUGCCAGCUCAUGCCCAAUCAUUAGGAUUAUGACUGGUGAUGAAAUUUUGCGCAGCAUCAUUCAUUCAUGAUUAAAAAAAGAUCUUCUUCUCUCGUUCUACAAACCAUUUAAUUACCUGAUUCACGAAUAAAAUCCUCCCGUACCUUUAUUCGUAUCCACGCACAUAUAUUCUUGCUAUCCGCUCUAUCGAUGCGGACACAACAGCCAGAGGAAACGAAUGCGAUGCCAAAAUAUAAUAUCCAACAACAACAACAACAACCAUAUCGAGAUCUUAUUGAUUGAUCAUUUUCCGCAAAUUGAGGGACUGAGAUAUCGACAUCAUAUUUUGUGAAUAUGGCGCAGACCCAACCGCAACCACAGGAGACUCCCGACGUGGAUCCCAAAGAAUUCUAUGGAUAUUUGUUUGAUGAGAAUAAGAGUCCGACGCCAGUACUAAAUGCGCUAUUGAGAGGAGUCGCGAAUCAUAUUAUAGAGAAUGUGGGAAGUCAAGAAGAUAAAUUCCUAACGCCAGAGAAGUUGGCACUUUUCUAUAAAGCUCUUCCGUUGCCUUACAUAGCUCUUUUUGUGGAGACGACACAUCCAUCCAUCUCUUGGAUUUAUGCCUCGAUAGGCUGUCAACAUACGUUAAACCCGACGAAAGAUGAUUUUGCCCCUCCUUCGAUACCGUGUCUCACUGUGCGAGGAUUCGUGCGAUGGCAAUCGAUAGAAAUACUUUUAGGGCCCGAGGAACAUGUGCCAUUCCUCCAAACCGCCGUCCGAGAUUUCGAAAUCAAAAAUCCAGAUACGGGAGAGAGAUUCCCAAUUGAUUUGCCAAAGGAAGCGUUCCCAUUGGUACCGGAUGCGGGAAUAGAGGAAUGGCAUCGGACAUGUGCAGAGAAAUUACGCAAGCGAGCAACGCCGGAUGAUGAAGAGGAUGCUCCCAUACCGGACCUCCCGCCGAGACCCAAAGUACAAGCAACAUACGUUCAUGUUCGGCCCUCGCCCAGGGUCCCAGAGCCUACGCCAACAAAUGCUGCGCAUCCCCGCAGCGGCUAUUUCGAACCUUCUACUCGUGAGUCUACCCGGGAGUCUACCCGCGAGCCGCCCCGGGAAUCUACUAGGGAAUCUACUCGUGAGCCUCCUCGCGAAUCGGCUACCCGUGAAUCCACUACCCGUCGACCCAGUCGACCUAUACCUUACACCCACGUCUCAGCAUCUCGACCCCAACGACCCCCUCUCAACCGAUCACCCACUCAUCGAGUCCGUCAAUUUCUCGCUCCAGAAGAACCAUAUGCACCCCGCAUACCCCGCGGUCGUCAUCGCAGUUUUCCCAAUCUGAGUUCACCCGUCUCAGAAGACGCUCCUACCUUUCACGCGCACCCCGCUCCUCCUGUCGAUCCCCACCAUCCCCAUCACCAUGUCCCGGUUCCGGAUCCUCCGCACCCCGCUCACCCGCGAAGACAUAGUCACCCGCGACAAUCCCGCCACGCACCCAUUGUUUCCGACUCCUCCGAUUCGUCCAGCGAUACCAGCGUGACUUCGGAUUCGGAAGAUGAUCCUUCCCCGAAAACUCGCACGGUUCCAAUCAAAACAUCGACGGGUGGACGGUCCAUACCAAGACAUCCGCAAACUGCCUAUAUGUCGCGAAGUGCUGGAGCGGAUAGUCCUCGGGUAUUUGCAUUUCCAUCUACGGCGCCGGGUAGUACGAUGCCGUCUCCGGUUUCAGAUGUGAGGGAAAGAGAGAGGGAGAGGGAGAGGCAGAGAGAUAUUGAGGAGAAAGUGAGACGGGGUCAGUAUCCAACUAACAUUGAUUUGAAUGGGAAAUUGAGCGCGCCGUUUUUGGCGGGGAGGAGGAAGAGAGAGGCGGGGAGAGGAUCGGUUGAUAUUGAUAGAGAGAGGGAGAGGGAUAGGGAGAGAGAAAAGGGGAGAAGCGAUAGUAGGGGUGUGAAGUGGAGGGAUCUGGGGGAUAUUGCCGAGAUGUGGAGGAAUGGGGGGAUGAGAGGGGAGGGUGUUAGUAGUCAUUCUCAUCAUGUGAGUGGAGGGAGUGGCGGAGAAAGUGGAAGAGAAAGUGGAGAAGGGAGGGGGAGUAGGAGGCACAGUAGUCGAGAAGAUAGGAGCGAUAGGGAUCGAGACCGAGAUCGCGAAAGGGAGAGGGAAAGGGAUCGAGAUAGAGAGAGGGAUAGGGAUAGAGAUCGAGACCGAGAUGAACGAGAUAGGGGAGAUAGGGAAAGAGAUUACAAGAGAAGGGAACGCCCUAGGUUACAAACGAGACAUAGUAGCCAUGAAGAAAUUCCCGCAAGAAGAAUCAGAACGGAAAGAGCGGAUCGAGAGAGAGAUGAUGAAUACGAAGGGAGGAGUUUCAGGGAGCGAGAUCGAGAGAGAAGAGAAAGGGUUGUGAGUCCUGUGAGGGGUGUAGAUGGGAGGAAAUAUCCGGAUUGGAGAUGA